GUGCACGUGGAUCCGCGCACAUGUUAACGCUCGUAAACUGCCGAGAGAAAGAGCGAGCAAAUACACACACCGAUGAACUGGCGGCGGGGCAGUGUGUGUUUGAGAGAGAGAGAGAGAGAGAGGUAGAGAGGUAGAGAGAGAGAGAGAGAGAGAGAGAGAGAGCUGAGGCUGGACGCCCCGAUGCUGCUCCAGCUCCGUGUGUAUUGACGGAUCUGUCGUAUCAAAGUAGGAGAUAAGAGCCGUUAACGAUUGUUUCUGGCAGCUGCUGUUUUUAUCCUACAUUACUAAAGCAAUGCAGUCCAAGGGCAGCACUUCCUCCCAGCCCUCCUUCGAUUCCCUGAGCUUAAGUGACAGCCUAUUGUUCAGCGACUCGGAGCAGGCAGAGGAUGACACAGACGUCUUUCUGACAGACAGCUCUUCCUCUGUCAUCAUCGGCGGGGCGGUUGGGGCUGCGGCCAAUGGAGACAAGGGGUCGGAGAGUCCCGGGUCCCAGUGGACGUGCGAUGACUUCACAGAUAAAGAGGAAGAGGAGGCCUACAGGUCGGAGAGCGGCAGCAAGGCAACUCGCAUCAGUUUAGACAAGAAAGAGCCAACAAGCCAGAUCCCCAAAUCACAGGGAGACGUGCUGUUUGCUCAAAAGUGUGCUGAGCUACAGGGUUUUGUGAGGCCCAUGCUGGAGCUGCUGAAUGGACUGAAGAGGGGCCGAUUCGAUCGAGGUUUGAGUAGUUUCCAGCAGAGCGUCGCCAUGGAUCGAAUCCAGAGGAUUGUGGGUGUUUUACAGAGACCCAACAGCGGGGAGAAGUACCUGAACACUCUGCUCCAGGUGGAGAUAAUGCUGAAACUUUGGUUUCCUCAGAUCCACACUCAGGUUGUCUCUGCAGCCUCCAGCGUCGCCGCAUCCCCCGCUCCCUCCCUCCAUGAUACGUCUCGCUCCACCCCGCCUCACAAGCACAAGGAUCAGUUACACAUUCCCGUGAAGAAGCGCAGACUCAGCUGGACAGGUACGGACUCUCCCACGCCUUCCCCUGUGCUUCUCAAGUGCCCUCGUAUUAGUGCAGAAGAGAAGAGAGUGAAGACAGAUUGUGAUGAAAGGGACGGCACUCCUUCUCCAUCAUCGGCGCCUGAUGCAAACCAAAAGUCCGCGGAUGUGGCCGGCAACAACCAGCUGAACGAGGACACAACGGGAAAAGACAGUGACGGCGAGGAACUUAGCAAGCAAUCAAAAUACAAAGCCGGUCAAAGCUCUGAGCCGAGCCUGACGUGGGUUCACGUGGCCCCCAUCCUGUCCCCACGAAAGGCCUGCCCUUCCAAUGAGAGCACAACAGUAGCAGGUAACAAUGAAAAGCAGCCCGUCACUCCGCUCCUCCCGCUCAGAAGGAGGGGCAGUCCAGAGACACAAGACAGCUCCAUCUCUUCUACCACGCACUACAAGCACCCCAAAAAUCUGAAGAAGCCAAUCCGGUGCCAAAGCCAGCCCAUUACUGGACACCCGAGUGAGAGUGAGAACAGCGAGAUGUGUCGGGGUCCGAAUCAAGCUCCUCAAGCCCCACCUGCGCCUUUGCCGGAGGUGUGCCCCACCCCCCCGUAGACCUGAUGCAUUGAGCAAAGAGCCCGGCAGCCCUGCUCUUUUACACCACCGGGCUUAAAGCUGCUGCGUGAGAAAGAAGAGGAGAAGCUGAAUGCCUGCGAUUAUAAAUGCAUUAAAGGGAGGAAGGGGAGGAAAGAACUUGUAGGUGAUAAAUGUUGAAGACAAAUGAUGGAUCUUACAAAAACCCUCGUCAAAACCACAAUUGCAACCAGUGUUUUGAACAUAAUAAAUAAAUAAUGUAGACUGUAUUGAUCCCACAGUAGGGAAAUUCUUCUCUGCAGUUAACCCAUCCUUAGUUAUUAAGGAGCAGUGGGCUGCAGUAAAAAAAAACAUCUGGACACACUGUGUUGAAAUGAAUCUAAACCAAUAGAGUUGAUCAUGACAAUUACAUUAUAAUUUAAACCUGCGCAAAAGCAGUUGUGGUUGAGGGGACAGCGAAGGAAACCUAAAGCUGAGAGUCUAUUUGCAGCUUAUUGAGCAAUGAUCAUGGGAGAGAUUUUGAAGCACUGUGAGGAGCAAAUAAUAGUUUCUCCUCCACAUGAAAGCAAUCACUGUAUUCAGAGAUGACUGUUUCUGCAGACAUCUAACUUGAGGGGCACACUCAAUCCAAAAUGAGAAAAGCUGAUGUCAACAUUGAGAAUGAAAGGUUUAUUUUGAAUGAGGUAACUUCGAUCCAGAGUGAGUAACACACGCUUGAAGUUACCUUCACUUGUAGAUAGAAUCUGGCUUGAAGAGGAAGCGUGACACCGGAGUCAUUGAGUAUCUUGUAGCCAGCAAUGUGAGAAAUGGAGUGUACAGAAUGCAGCAUUAUACUGUACGUGUGUGGUGUGUUAGAGUCAUCUGAGACUGUGGAAAAAAGUUCAACUCUCGAAUGUAAUUCAACUGUUUGGGCGCUUUGGCAUCGGGGAGGUGAUCAGCAAUCAGAGGUAAACUGUUCUCGUCCUCACAGUUAAUUUAUUCACGUGUUGACCGGACUGCAUUUAUUUAUUGUUUGUAUUUAUUUAUUGGGCAGCUGAAUAUUUUUUGCCUGCUGUGCGCUUGCAUAGUGUGGCCGACACUUGUUUUGAGGGGAUUUGGAAGAUGCUGUUGACAGUUUGUGGUUGUUAUCGCUAUCAAAACGAGGGUGAUGAAGACGAAGGAAGUGAAGUGUUAUGAUUGGAUUAUUGGACUACUGUGCCUUUUUACCAAAUAGGAUGUGUUCAGAAAAGCAUUUGGUGCUUUCAUUGCAUUUUUACUGCAUUUUGAUUGUUUUCUUGAAUUUCACAAAACCGGUGCACAUUCAAUCAUGAGAGUCAUUUUCAUUUUGCUUCUUAAGUGAGUACACACAGCAUACAAACAAACCGACAGUAUCAUCAGCAAUCUAUUUACUGCUUUAAAAAAAAAAAAACCUGUCUGCCUACAUGUCCAACCUUAACACACACCAACGGCAGUGGCUACUAUUUGUCAUAUAGUACUGAAGUGUAGCCUCCCUUUGGAGCUUUUUGUUCCUCUCCUUCUGAUCAAUAGAGGAACAGACUGGACCGCACGUGAAGCUGGUGCCCUUGAAAACUUGAAAAACAGAAAAUCUAAUUGUACGGGAGGACAUCUUUCUUUGCACCACCCUCCACUGCUGCUAUUGUUGUUUUGAUUCCAGUUCUAAUUUACAUGUUUGAGGAGAAAAAUCUGCUCACAAUAUUCUUCUUAAUGUAGGAGUUGUUUUUUUUAGCGAUGUGACUAUUGCAAAAGUAUUGUAAAUAUUUAGACUAAAAAUAUUUUUUAAAUUUUGUAUGAGUGGUUCAUACACUAUUUACAUAAAUGGAGAGGGGGGAUAUCCACGUUCCUGUCUCCUCCAAAACAGUGAACACCACAUUUGAACACAGAGCCACUGGCAGCCUCCAUUUUACUGCCUGCGUUUGGAGUAAAGAGAGGAACGACCCUCAGUCACAGACCCAGAGUCAGACCGUCUUACCUCAUCCCACCUUCAAACAUGACGGUACGAUGUGCCAGACGCUGAUUCUGGAUCAGAGGCUGGGGGUGUCCUCCACAACACUCCGGUUUUUAUAUGGUUAUGGAAUGACAGAGAAACCAAUUGCACUUCUUUUACAUUGUUUAUGUCCUAUUUACAUGUGUGUUUUCUACUGCAACGACCACUGCUGGUUGGUCUGGAAUACUAUUUUUUGUUUAUUUUAGCUGCUUCAACUGUAAAAGCUGACUGUAGUUCCCUCCUCGCCUCCCCUCCCCCAACUCUGCUGCAUUUGUCUGCCCUUGCCCUCUCUCCUUCAUCUCCCUCAAUCCUGUUAGCAUCUUUUCUAUCGAAACUAAACUCUCUCUCUCUCUCUCUCUCUCUCUUUACAUGCUAUUACUCUUCUGGCUACUUUUUCAAUAAUGAUGAACAGAAAAAGAAAAAAAAACUUUUAAUAAAUGACACAUUUUCGAAAUCUGAAAUGUCUGUAAUGUUGCACUCGUCUGGUAAACUUUUAUACAUUUAUUUGUGUACCAACAUUGGGAUUUUUUUUUUUUUCUUCAUUUGAUAUG